AUGCGCUUCCAUGUCCUCGGCCUGGGAUCCAUUGGGACUCUGAUAUCGUAUCAUCUCAGAAGAUCAAUACGGCUGCGGCAACAGAGAGGCUUCUUACAUACCCCAGGAAUCGACCCGAUACCACCGGAGAUCACUGCCGGCUUGCCCGCCAAUGCUGCUGAUACUAGCGUCACACUACACCUCAGGCGGGAGUAUGUUGCUCAGGCGUUUUCGGGAGCGAGCGUAGAGCAUGCCGGCAUACACAGGCCUGACAACGCCAUUCCGCAGGGGCCCUCAAUUGUGGAGCAAGCAGGCUAUGCAAAGGGGCCCGAUGCGAUAGAUUCCCUCAUCGUCACCACGAAAGCAGACGCCACUGUUCAAGCUAUAGCUCCCCUCUCGAAGCGUUUGACGCCAGCCUCAACAGUGGUCUUGCUGCAGAAUGGUAUGGGCGUAGUCGACGAGCUCAUACAUACAGUGUUUCCCGAUACAGCUUCGCGCCCUCAAAUCAUCUUGGGGAAUCUCAGUCAUGGCUGCUAUAGUAGGGGUCAAUUUCAGACUAUUCAUGCUGGCUAUGGUAGCAUGCGGUUGGGGCUGAUACCGGAUCCCAGAGGGAGAGCCGAAUACGAGAGGCGGCUGCAAGGACGUGCGACCUCAUCACUAAGAGUCCCCGACAGUGACACUACCUCCAGGAGCAACCUCAGCGGCCUCGAUCUCAAUGCCAUCCCACGAGAUGCCUCCCAUCUGACUCUUCGGUAUACCCUCGCUUCGCUGCUCUCCCUCCCCCUAGAUGUACAUUGGGAUCCUCUCGAGUCAUACCAGGUCGGCGCACUCCGCAAGCUAGUUGUCAAUGCUUGUAUCAAUCCCCUCACUGCCAUCAUGGACUGCCAGAAUGGGCAGCUGGUAGGUGAUCCCUACGCGCAGCAGAUCUGGUCAGAGGUAUGCCACGAAGCAGCUGAAGUCUUCCUCGCUGCGGCCCAGGCCGACAUGGAUGGACCAUCUUCAGCCCGUCGUAUGCCAGAAUACUCUGCAAAGCCUCUACUCGACCCUUCCUUGACCCCAUCCGCCCUCUUCUCCGCGGUGCGAGACGUAGCUACCAAAACCCGCAAGAACUAUUCCUCAAUGCACUCCGACGUGCGUGGUCGAGGAAGGACAGAGAUAGACUAUAUGAAUGGCUAUCUUGUCCAGCUUGGAAAGGCGUUUGGAGUAGAGGUAAAGACGAAUGAGAUGCUCAGGAGGCUCGUGUUGAGUCUUGGAUGGGGAGAUAAGAAGGCAACUUGGCAACGGCGGAGUCAGGUGCGGGAGGAGGAGGAGCAGCAGGAGCGGUAGCACGACGCGGCGCGGUUAGUCAGUGGGUCAGUCAGUCAGUCAGUCAGUCAGUCAGUCAGUCAUUGGACGCGGUCAUCAGCAUUUGGACUAGUCACAUCGCAGCACAUCUUAGAGGGACUAGUUGGGUGAUUAUCUUAUGCCUUCUCCUGCAGUCCUACCACCCAAUACCAUCCAUUCAUUCAUCAUUCAUCCAUCGUCGGCACUCCUAUAUCCGACGCGAGGCAGCACUGCCACAACUUUCCCAUUAGGACGUUCGAGGAAAGUACGGAAAAAGAAAGUGGACGUAGGGAAUGUCUCGAUGCGCCUGGCACGCUACGGACUGGACUUUAAU